AUGGCGCGCGCAGGCCACUCCGGCACCGUCGUCGGCUCCGCCGUCGUCGUCCGCGAGAAAUACUACUGGCCAGACCUACAACUGAACAUCUGGACGAUUGUGAUGCUGGUAACGGCGGGCUUGAUAUUAGGCGUGAAUGCGCAGUUUAUGCAGAUCCAGAGUCAGAUGGGAUUGGGGACGCCUUGGAUCAUGCCUUAUGGUGUAACCGUCGGCGCGCUCGCGAUCUUCUUCCUCAUCAUCGAAAUCGUCUUCAUCGCCCAACGCCGCUUGCUUCCGGGCACCAUGAUGCUGUUGUCCUUCAUCCUACUCGUGCUCUUCAUCGCGGGCAUCAUCGGAACCGCGAUACAGCUGUUCGCAGGCCCCAAUAUCAAUAAUCUGUGCAAUACGUAUGUGUUUAACAACGCAGCCGAUGCAGAGGAAUAUUUGUGA